GCAGACAUCUGAAGCAGGAUUGGUUGGUAAAACAGAGGGAAUACACACUUUGUUGGGGACUAUACGAGGAACUGAACAGGAGGAGCCAUGGUGGACGCAGCUGCAGCCGAGCAGUUCCUGGACUCCAACCCAACCUUCGCCAAGCAGUACUACGACAUGAAUUUCCGCCCUAAGGUCAUCUCAGACCUGCUGGACAGCAACCGCAAACCUAUAAUAGACGUCAGCAGGUUCCACGAGCUGACUGCGGUGGAUGAGAGCGAGAUCCUUUUUGACUUGGUACGAGAUAUCCAGGACAACCUGCAGAUGGAAAAAUCAGUCUUCAGGCUCAUGAAGCACCUCAGCUUCAUGUUGAGAGCCGACAGGAUGAGCCUCUUCAUGUACCGGCAGAGGAACGGUGUAGCUGAGCUGGCCACCAGGUUAUUUAAUGUCCAUAAAGAUGCAUCAUAUGACGAGUGCCUGGUGCCGCCUGAGAGUGAAAUUGUGUACCCGUUGGAUAUGGGCAUCGUGGGUCACGUGGCAACCAGCAAGAAGAUGGUCAACGUUCCAGAUGUGACGCAGAGUUCUCAUUUCAGUAACUUUGUUGACGAGCUGACGGAGUAUCAGACGAAGAACGUCCUCGCCGUGCCCAUUAUGAACGGUAAAGACAUGGUGGCUGUGAUGAUGGCGAUCAAUAAGAUGGACGGACCGUGCUUCACUGCCAAGGAUGAAGAGACCCUCAACAAAUACCUGAACUUUGCCAACCUGGUGCUGAGAGUUUUCCACCUGAGCUACCUGCACAACUGUGAAACCAGAAGAGGACAAGUGCUGUUGUGGUCAGCCAGCAAAGUGUUUGAGGAGCUGACGGACAUAGAGAGGCAGUUCCACAAGGCCUUGUACACAGUCAGAGCUUUUCUCAACUGUGACCGUUACUCUGUGGGGCUGCUGGACAUGACCAAGACCAAGGAAUUCUUUGACAUGUGGCCCAUUUUGAUGGGAGAAGUUCCUCCUUAUGAUGGACCCAAGACUCCCGAUGGCAGGGAAGUUAAUUUCUACAAAGUGAUCGACUACAUCCUUCAUGGGAAAGAGGACAUAAAAGUCAUACCGACCCCCCCAGCUGAUCACUGGGCCCUGGUCAGUGGUUUACCCACUUAUGUUGCAGAAACUGGACUGAUUUGCAACGUCAUGAAUGCAGCUCAGGAUGAGUUUUUUAACUUCCAGAAAGAGCCCCUGGACGAGUCUGGCUGGACCAUUAAGAAUGUCCUGUCCAUGCCCAUUGUCAAUAAGAAAGAGGAGAUCGUGGGAGUGGCCACGUUCUAUAACAGGAAAGACGGGAAGCCCUUUGAUGAAAUGGACGAAACGCUGAUGGAGUCUCUGACCCAGUUCCUGGGCUGGUCUGUGCUCAACACUGACACUUACGACAAGAUGAACAAGCUGGAGAACAGGAAGGACAUCUUCCAGGACAUGGUGCUGUACCACGUCAAGUGUCGCAAGGAUGAGAUCCAGAACAUUCUGGACACCAAGAGGAGGUGGGGGAAGGAACCAGAUGAGUGCGAGGAGGAGGAACUCCAGGAGAUUCUGUCAGAAGUUCUACCAAACUCUAAGAAAUCUGAGAUUUUUGAGUUUCACUUCUGCGACUUCGAGCACACCGAGCUGGAUCUUGUGAAAUGUGGCAUCAAGAUGUACUACGAGCUGAAGGUGGUGGACAAGUUUCACAUUCCCAGAGAGGUCUUGGUGAGAUUCAUGUACUCUGUCAGUAAAGGAUACAGGAAGAUCACCUACCACAACUGGAGACAUGGAUUCAACGUUGGACAGACCAUGUUCACACUGCUGAUGACCGGUGAUCUGAAGCGUUACUUCACUGACCUGGAGUGCAUGGCCAUGGUGACCGCUGGCUUCUGUCAUGAUAUUGACCACAGAGGAACCAACAACCUCUACCAGAUGAAAUCUGGUAAUCCUCUGGCGAAGCUUCACGGCUCCUCGAUCCUGGAGAGGCACCAUCUGGAGUUCGGCAAGACUUUACUGAGAGACGAGGCUUUAAACAUUUAUCAGAAUUUGAACCGCCGUCAGCAUGAUCUCGUCAUUCACCUCAUGGAUGUUGCUAUAAUUGCCACGGACCUGGCUCUCUACUUCAAGAAGAGAACAAUGUUUCAGAAGAUUGUGGAUCAAUCCAAGACCUAUGAGAACUGGAACGACUGGACAAAAUACAUGAUGCUCGAGACCACUCGCAAAGAGAUUGUCAUGGCCAUGAUGAUGACUGCCUGUGAUCUUUCUGCUAUCGCCAAGCCAUGGGAGAUCCAGAGCAAGGUGGCACUUUCUGUAGCUGCAGAGUUCUGGGAGCAGGGAGACCUGGAGAGGACGGUUCUGGAGCAGCAACCCAUCCCAAUGAUGGACAGGAACAAAGCGGACGAGCUGCCAAAGCUGCAGUGUGGUUUCAUCGAUUUCGUCUGUUCGUUCGUCUACAAGGAGUUCAGUCGUUUCCACGUAGAGAUCACUCCCAUGCUGGACCGUCUGCUGAACAACAGGAAGGAGUGGAACGCCCUGAAGGAGCAGCACGAAGCCAAACUGGCCGCCAUCGAAGAAGCUAAAAAGGCCAAGGAGGAAGCGGCUCAGAAGGCUGCAGCAGCUAGACAAGCUUCAAGUGCAUCCCAGUCGAAGACGUGUGUUCUCAGUUAAAGAUACGGUGG